AGCAGGGCUCACUCCAGGGCUGGAUGCUCUGCAGAGAGGAUGGGGCUGUGCGGGUGCAUGCUGCUGGGGCUGCUCCUCUCCAUAGGGGCGUCUAUCUGCUGGGGUGAGUGCCCCUGCUCUGACCCAGCUCUAUGCCAGCCCAUCACAGACACCCGGGACUUUGAGGUCUAUGUAUUUUACGUCGGAGGGAAAAACUGGAAGAACUAUGACUGGGCCCACGUCACCACAGUCGCCCUGUUUGCCCCAUAUGACCCAGAACUCAUGUGCUUUGCACACUCCAAAGGGGCAAGAUAUGUCCUGAAGGGAGACGUUCCACUGAAGGAUAUUGUAGACUCAGACAAGAGGUCAGCCUGGAUAGCACAGAAGGUGAAGCUAGCAAAGGCUCAAUAUAUGGAUGGCAUUAAUCUGGAUCUAGAACAACCGGUGUUCAUCGACAGCGAUGAAUAUUACGCUCUGACGGCGCUGGUGAAGGAAACCACUGAGGUUUUCCAUAGAGAGAUCCCUGGGUCGCAGGUGACCUUUGAUGUUGCUUGGUCUCCUAACUGCAUUGACCUCCGUUGCUACAACUAUACGGGCAUAGCAGACCUGUGCGACUUCUUGUUUGUGAUGUCCUAUGAUGAGCAAUCCCAGAUCUGGACUGAAUGUAUCGCUGGAGCAAACGCACCAUUUAACCAAACCAUAACUGGUUACGAGCAGUUUAUUAAUUUCAGCAUCGACCCUAAGAAACUUGUGAUGGGCGUCCCUUGGUAUGGUUAUGACUAUACCUGUCUUCAACUAACGGAGGAUAAUACGUGCAAAAUAGAAAAAAAGCCAUUUCGAGGGGCCGAGUGCAGCGAUGCCGUGGGCCGCCAGGUGCCGUACAGCACCACCAUGAAGCAGGUCAACACUUCAGUGAGUGGAAGGUUAUGGGAUGAUGUCCAGAAAGCUCCUUUCUAUAACUACAAGGACAAACAAGGAAAUAUCCAUCAGGUUUGGUACGAUGAUCCGCAGAGUAUUUCUUUGAAGGCUGCUUACAUUAAGAAACUUGGUCUCAGAGGCAUUGGUAUGUGGAAUGGAGAUCUGCUGGAUUAUACCGAUGAUCCUAUAGCCCAACAACAGACUGCAGACAUGUGGAAAGCCUUACUACCAUAAUGGCUCUCUAGUGGCCUUGUCCUUUGGAGCCCUACUGGUGGUGCAUAAACGGCAAUUCUGAAAGGGUUGUAAUAGAGUAAAUUAUUACAAAAAACAUGGAUUUCUUGAGAUUGCUAUGUACGCGUCUCUGACCGCAGGGGUGUAAGCUGCUGAUACCGGAUGCAAAACUGAGUCAGCCAACUAUCAGGACAUGUGGUGGUUUUCAGGCUACUCUUUAAAUCCCCUGCAUAGAUAGGUGCCUGGCUGUCUGCAGCCACCACUAGAGGGAGCACAGGAGCUUACUGAAUACCAUGUAUAUAUCAUACUCAAUAAUUAAAGGGGUUGUCCGGUUUCAGCAAGAAACUGGACAACACUGUGGAAUAGCCUAAAAUAAAGAUUUGAGCAGUACUUUCCUAGCAGAUCCCACAAUGACGCUCUGGGUUCACCCGGUUGGGCUCUUUUGACCUGGCUGCAGCGGUGACAUAAAGUUGACAAGACGUGACUGCUGCAGCCAAAUCACUGGCCUUUUAGGUGAUCUGCUGAGGUCAGUGAUUUGUCUGCAGUGGACAUAUGUCACGUCACUGCUACAGCCAGGUAGACAGUCUGACCGUGUGAACCUGGAGCGUUGGCGCAGGAUCUGCUAGGUAGGUACUGCUCAACUCUUUAUUUUAGGCUGUUCCCCAGUGUUGUCUGGUUUCUUGCUGAAACUAGAUAACUCCUUAAAACAGUCCAUCGUAAGUUCCUUUGAUCUUUUCAGUGGUGGCUACUUGUAGCCAGGCAUUUUUAGCAUUUAAAGGGUUGUCCCACCAUAAGACCUUAUCACUAAUACACAGCAUAGAUACGUUUCUGAUCAGUGGGGAUCAUGUACUGUAAAUGGAGUGAUGGUUGUGCGUGUGUGUUGCCACUCUAUACCUGUCUAUUGUGUCCGGAGAACUUCUUUAGACUGUAUAAACUUAAACAAAAUAAAAAAAUGAAACAUUAAUGGAAAAUCCAAUGCAAUGGUUUCAAAAUUUUUGUAUAUAUUUGGUAUUUUAUUCUAUGUUCCACCUUUUUGUUUCCUUUUUGACAACUUUGCUUAUUAAAACGCGUGACUAGAAGCUGA